AUGAUGGCGACCCCACGGGAACAGGAGGCUGCCGCUUAUCUUGAAAAACAUAAAAUCCCAGAGCUCAUGGAUAAUUUAACCAGUAUGCUCUUCUUCUAUAGACCAGAGAGACCACGUGAUUUUCUUAUCGACCAACUUGAACAGUUAAAGGAGUCCCGAGUCAGAGCAGGCCUCUUCAACGACUCCAACCUGGAUGCAGUUUUUGGAAUUUUGGAUCCCACCCAUCAAGGACACAUCACCUACACACAAUACAAAGAGGCACUGACUAUGUUAGGAAUCAAGAAUAUCAAUGAAUCUCCUGACGGUGUUGAACAUAACAGAAUCUCACAGGAGACUUUCAAAAAAGAGGCGAAGGAGGGACUGAUGAAAAGGUUGAUGACAUGA